AUGUCUCAAUCUAACCUUGGCUCCAGUAUCGCAGUUGCCGCCUUUGUUGGGGUGACGUAUGAUUGGUUAUUUUCAGCGCUCACAUUCGGACAAGAGGUCGAACUCGUCUGGAGGCAACACUGGUCCCUGAUGACAGUUCUGUACCUCAGUGUGUGCUAUCUUGGAAUCUUAUAUGCUGCAUAUGUUCAGAAGACUAAACAAUCGAUGUUGUGCUAA